AUGCCGAAACGCUACCAACCACAAUUGUCUGCCAACAUCGAGAAAGGUGCAAUCCCAACCAUCAACUUCGAUCAAUCCAUGUGCUAUCGACAUGGUCGCAAACUACAGUCUAUCACAAGCUUUCCGGCUGGUACGAACAAAGUUUUCAGCGAUGCGUAUAUCACUAUCGCUCCCAUGAUUCGACAACAGGUCGAUCCUCUGAGCCCCUGGUCUGUUGGAAAUCGUCUUGCUAAGACUAGUGGAACUACAGUUUCCCCAGAUGCUUGUCCCGAUUGCCUUGCUGAGAAGAAUAUCUUGAAACGAGAGACUGAGAUCACCAUCCGCACGCCUCAAGUGCAGCCCAAUCAUCACGUACGAUCUGCAAGCAGUUCUAUCUUUACCGAGCGUGGUACGCCUCCUGAUUCUACUCAAUCGUCCAAUGUCCUGGUCGGUACGACUAUUGACAAUCAGACCAUCAAAAUACCUGGGGCCACCAUCUCUGAUCUACCUCCGGACAAGUUCGGUGGAGUUGUAGCGACCGACCUCGGUGACUUGAUCGAUGCCAUCAUCGUCGAACACAGCGGGAGCCUAGGCAAAGUCAUUUCCAAUAUCCGCAAUGGUAUGCCAGAUAGUGCUUGGACUCAGAAGCUCUCGCGCGACCUUGCUAAGGUUUCGGAAGCGGUAGCAUCUCUCCCGAAGGAUAACAUCAAAAACGCUCCUGCCUUCUCUCAGAACAUCAAUGGCCGACGCUCAGUCAUACUGGAUGCUUCACCUGAUACUCUUCGGAAACGAGCAAAGACUAUGCCUGAAUUGCUCGACCUCAUCGAUGUUGCAACUGAAGAAUUAGGCACAUCAGGCUCAGACAAUCGACAACAAGACCUCAAGCUGGAUCGUCCACACAUGCCCGGCGGUUUUCCUCUUUCUCGAAGCACAUUCCCUUCUACCGCUCCACACACCCCCGUUGUUCGUUCAUGUGAUUCUUCUGCUUCCUAUGCAUCUUCCGCGUCAUGCGAGUCUCGCACUUCGUCCGAGUCCUCUAGCUCAUCCGAGCGAUCCGUUGCAUCUGUCUCAUCUUUUCCAUCACUCCAAACAUCCGGACGGGCUAGAAGCUCUGAUACAUUGGCGGUAACAACCCGGACCAAGGUUGCGCUACCAGUCAUGACCACCUCAAGCACACUGGUUGAACGUCCAACGCCAGAGGGAGACGAAGACAAGGCAACACUUGUCGACGCCGAUUUGCCAUUCUCGACGAAAAAUUUGCCAGAGAAAGCCAGCCAAGGUCCGAACACAUCUGGCGAAGCACCAUCUAGGUUGCAGUGGAGUCGAAUUCCGAAGGCCAUGACAAUACCUUCAGCUGGGUCUUCACAUACAUCCUCAGACCUGCCACGCUCAACUUUGACUCGACCGAAAGCCAACACGAUAGACAAGCAACAACAACCGCGGCGAACGUUUCAGCAAGAGUGGCUAAGGGAGGCAGCUGUUGUGGAAAGAGCAGAGAGACGGAGCAGAAGCAGAGGUGCAACCCGUGUAUGA